UUUGAUGAGCCCAUUUAUAAGGCUAAAUAACACGUGUGAGCACGUGUCACUCUUCAGCUUCACAUGAUUUUGUAUUGGGCCUGCAAUAAGCCCAAACUACGUAAGCCGGUCAAAAACAAACGACGAAGACAAAAGCUCCGCCGCAGAAUCUCAGAUCGGAUAUUUAGACGGAGAGAGAUGCAGAGGGACGUGUCGAGCUGCAACACUUACAACUAUGGAGACGCUCUCUAUUGGGACGCUCGUUACGUGCAAGACGCGCUUUCUUUUGACUGGUACCAACGUUACUCCUCUCUCCGCCCUUUUGUCCGCAGCUUCGUCUCUACUUCUUCACGAGUCCUCAUGGUUGGCUGUGGCAACUCCCUGAUGUCAGAGGAUAUGGUGAAUGAUGGGUAUGAGGACAUCAUGAAUGUUGAUAUCUCUUCAGUGGCUAUUGAGAUGAUGCAAACCAAAUAUGCAUCUGUUCCUCAGCUCAAAUAUAUGCAAAUGGAUGUUAGAGAUAUGAGUUACUUUGCGGACGAUUCCUUUGACACUGUUAUUGAUAAAGGAACCCUUGAUUCAUUGAUGUGUGGCAGUGAUGCUCUUCUAAGUGCUCCGAGAAUGUUGGGUGAAGUUAGCAGGCUGAUUAAACCUGGAGGGACCUACUUUUUGAUAACCUACGGUGAUCCCAAAGUGAGAAUGCCUCAUUUGACUCGUUCUGCGUACAACUGGAAGAUCUCCUUGUACAUUAUACCAAGACCAGGAUUUAAAAGGCCAGAAAGUUGCAGCUCGUCAGCAAAGUCGUGUAUGGAAGCUAUACCUAUAACAAGUGAGGGAAUGUUGCCACAUGAUUAUGUUCUGGAGGAUCCUGAUUCCCAUUUUAUUUACAUAUGCAAGAAGAAGGAUGAAGAAGAAGCUCAACUACCCUCAUACCCAUUAAUGGCGGAUGUUUUGUAGUGGUGAUGUCAGUGGAUGGCAUAGAGGCUAAAACAAUGCAAAAUUGUGCAUGUGUGUUUUUGUCUUCUUGAUCCCCAUGUAGAUCAGCCGAUCUAUUGUUGUUUUUUGUAUGUGUCUUGUGAUCUUAUCCCAAUUGAUAGGUCCGAGUCGGAAUUGCUCUAUAAACUCAUAAUAUCUUUUAUACGAAUAAACAUCUUACUUUAUAUU